UCACGACUGCACCUCCCAUGACAGCCUAGGAAAACAAGCCUGACGAAGACAAACAAACAGGGAAGCAGAAGGAAAACAACGGAGCCGCGCUGAUCGAACGUGUUUGGGGGGAUUUUAUCGUGGCGCACCGUGCGUAAAAGGCGCACUGGCCACUUCGCUGCGCUUGAAUUCGAGCGGCAACAUUGUUAUUUUUAAUUUGAAGAUUAUUUUUUUUCGGAUUCUCAUCACAAGGAGCUGAACAAAUAAUGCUGAAGAUGACAGAGGAGCAUGACAAGUGCGUCAGCGAGCAGCCGUGCAGCCCGUCAGGCACCAACAGCUCCAUGUCCCAGGACGAGUCCGACUCAGAUGCUCCGUCUUCACCGACGGGCUCUGACGGACAAGGAUCUCUGCUCACUGGUUUGGGCAAGAAGCUGGACUCCGAGGAUGAUGACCGGUUCCCGGCUUGCAUACGGGACGCAGUCUCUCAGGUCCUGAAAGGAUACGACUGGUCUUUGGUGCCGAUGCCCGUGAGAGGGAACGGAUCCCUGAAGAACAAACCUCACGUCAAGAGACCCAUGAAUGCGUUCAUGGUUUGGGCGCAAGCGGCCCGCAGAAAGCUGGCGGAUCAGUAUCCACACCUGCACAACGCCGAGCUGAGCAAGACUCUGGGAAAACUGUGGCGUUUGCUGUCAGAAAGUGAGAAGAGGCCAUUUGUAGAGGAAGCAGAGAGGCUUCGGGUUCAGCACAAAAAAGACCAUCCAGACUACAAGUACCAGCCCCGGCGACGGAAGAAUGUGAAACCAGGCCAGAGCGACUCAGACUCAGGAGCAGAACUGGCACAUCACAUGUACAAAGCAGAACCGGGGAUGGGGGGACUGGCAGGGAUGACUGACGGACACCACCACCCCGAACAUGCAGGGCAGCCUCAUGGUCCUCCUACUCCACCCACUACCCCCAAAACAGACCUGCACCACGGCGUGAAGCAGGACCUGAAGCAUGAAGGCCGCCGUCUGGUCGACAGCAGCAGGCAAAACAUCGACUUCAGCAAUGUGGACAUCUCGGAGCUCAGCACUGAUGUCAUAAGCAACAUGGAGACCUUUGACGUGCAUGAGUUCGACCAGUACCUCCCGCUUAACGGCCACGCCUCGGUUUCCUCCGCCCUGCCUUCAGAUCACAGCCAUGGGCCUCCAGCGCCUGGUGGCUCUUAUGCUUCCACUUACAGCCACACGGGCGCCAACGGGUCAGCGUGGAGCCGCAAGAGCACCAUCUCUUCCUCUCCGUCCGCUGGAGAUGUGGGGCAGCAUCGGCUCCACAUUAAAACAGAGCAGCUGAGCCCGAGUCACUACAGCGAGCACUCACACAGGUCCCCCCCUCACUCUGACUACGGCUCCUACAGCAGUCAGGCCUGCGUUACCUCGGCCACAUCAGCUUCUUCCUCUUUCCCCAGCUCACAGUGUGACUAUACUGACAUCCAGAGCUCCAACUACUACAACCCAUACUCAGGCUACCCCUCUAGCCUCUACCAGUACCCCUACUUCCACUCAUCCAGGCGGCCCUACAGCAGCCCAAUCCUCAACAGUCUGUCCAUGGCUCCUGCCCACAGCCCCACUGCCUCCAGCUGGGACCAGCCCGUCUACACCACGCUGUCUCGACCAUAAGGGGACAAAAAAACAUCAACCAGCACCAGAGACUCAUUCAGAUCGAUGCACUACUAAUGAAGGAAGUACGGAGCAGGUGGAGAAGUGUGUGAGACCAUUUGAACAUGAAAAGAAAGAAAAAAGUGCCUGCUGAUUUUAUACAAAGUUAUAUCGUUGCGUUAAAAACACACACUUGUCAGACAUUUUACACAAAGACAAAUUGUGUUGUUGGUGAGCCAAACUCCUCCAUGAGGAAAUGUCACCUACGCCUACAUCCUGUACAUCCCCCAUCUUUCCACUUAAGUGUGCACGUGCGUGCGCACACUUGAGGUAGAAGCAAAAGGCCUGCCACUGCAUCAUUGUGUAGGAGAGAAAUGUUUUGCUCGAUCCUGUCGCCAAGCAGAUGGAGAAGCAGAUACAUCGGAGAAUGUACACGGGACCAAUUGUGUGAAUUUGCAGUAAAAUUUACAUUCAUGGCCGGAGCUGUACCACAGCACAUUUGGCCGUUUUGCAUCAGUGGAUCAGUCUUAACUCAAUGGCUCAUAUGAAUCUUAAAGUGUCAUUUUGACAUAAAAGUCUUAUAUAUAUUUAUGUUCAUGCAUUAUUGGUUUCUUUUUUGGUUCUUGAGUAGAUAAACACAUGUAAUGUGGGUUUGCUUAUUUACAGUACUGUUUGGCUUUUAAUGAAUCCAAGGUAAAUGAAGUGAAGGACAGUACAAUAAUCCUGAUAUCAUUCCGUUAAAGACCAAGUUACAGAAACAUCUCCAUUCCUAUCACACCGAGCCAGACCAACAGACUCGCACAGGACAGAACAGGUGUCUGAAGGCUACGCUUGGCUAAUCGCAAUUAGUCAUGAUCUGGGGUUAAAGGAAAUGGGGUAAAAUAACACCACGCUCUCUGAGUGACAUGUCAGCUGGACCUCCUGUACAUGCGGAUGGACAACACAUGGAUGUGCACGCAUCUGUGUGGGAGAUAAAUUGCUUCUGUAUGUGUGAGCCAUUUCCUUUAAAUUCCCCCUAUGAUAAUGAUAAUACACUCCACAUGGUACUUAACCAACUUUUACUGGAUUCUUCCGUUACAUUGAAAAGAGAGUGUAAGGUUCGAGGAGGAAAUGUGUGUGAGCAUCUGCCCAUUUUUAUCUCAUCAACCAUGAAGUGCCAACUCACUGCCGCAGUCUCGCGCAAAACGUUUUUGUGCCUUCUAAUGCUUUCUGUCAGUAUUUCAAUGUGAAACUGAAUUAUUAACAAACUCCAGGCAGCACACAAUCCACACCAGAGAGUUCGGUUAACCUGAUCCUAUAUCCUUAAUCUGAUAUCAUUCCUGACAGCUUGGUUUGUAAAUGUUCUGUGAGAUGCCAUGUGAGGAACGUGUGGAGCGCCACACGCCAAGUUUUUCUCCACAGAACUGUGUUUUUGUAUAUUAUUCUGGUGUAUAAUUUUGAGAAAGGCUGUGAAAAUUAUUGUUGUUCUAUUAACUAGAGUUUCAUUCACACAUGCACAGCUAACCCAUUC